AUGGCUAACCAACGGGCAAAGAUACGGCACCAAAAGGACCUACGAAACCUCUGUCUGGCCUGCAAGUUCCUCAAUAACCUCGCUCUUCCAGCCCUAUACGACCAUGUAACCGUCAAGCAUCCUAAGCUCACUACGUAUUACGGACUAAGCGGUACAUUACCAGCCCUGAUUGAACAGCUACCACUGCAACACUUAAAGCAUACAAGACAUCUCUCCUUCACCCGUCAAGAGUUACUCCUGUUGCCUCCGUCUCCAAUGAGUGACAGGGGUGACAGUAGAGACACCAUCACAUCACAGGAGUUCAGGAGGCGGAUUAUGAAGGCCAUCAUUACCCUAGUUCUAGCCAUUCCUCGGGACGGCCUACGCUCCUUCAGCUGGGAAUUGGGGCCGUGUCUUCCCGGUGAAAUAUUUAGCAGUGAGCGAGGAUUGCUCGCCAACCAACGGCAGAUCAAGAGUAUCAAUUUAGUUGCUUGCGUGAUGUAUGAGGAGACACUUGGCUUUCCGAUGGAUAUCUCCCACCUCCGCAAUCUCCGUUCUUUGAGAUAUACAUCGCUGUGGCAUCUGAGAGAUCUCAAACUGGUACAGAGGCUUUUCCAGUUGCGCCACCAACUCACUACAUUGGAGUUACAAAUAGGCCCGGAGGAUCUAAAAAUUGACAUUUUGAACUUCGGCACUCCUGAUAUCAAGAUUUUGCUCUUGGGUAGCCAGGAAGUGAGAGAGACUCAAGCUUUACUCAACCUUGAAACACUAUCACUGGGGAUAUCUCUCAAUCAGAUGGAGGCAGAUAUUGUAUCUGCACUGAAUUUUGACUGCCUACGCUGCUUGAAGCUACACAAUUGCAAUGGAACAUCUACUUUCCUUGAUGCUCUAAGCAAUUCUACCAAACCUUUAAGAUUGGUGUCGUUUCAACUCAAGUUUGUUCCACCUAGCCUUGAUCCUAGAAGCCCUGAAAUUCUGUCUGCUGCUCUUGCAAGUUUCCUUAUGGCAUUUCAAACACUCGAAGAUCUCUACCUUUCGAUACCACGUAUUUCCCUCGAAGCCAUUGAAUACCGAACUAUACAGAACCACUAUCCAGCGCUUCGACGCCUGCUCCUUCAUGGCACCAUUCGGCUAGAAGACCCUUCAUCGUAUCCCGUGGAAAUUUCAGAUAACCUCUUUUAUCCCUUACUGAUGGGCUCUCCGGUAGAGUGCAUCUCGCUGAGAAUGCAGCUUAGAAUACCAAUUGAGAAAUGGCAGAGGCUGUCUCCAAGACCGUCGUGCAGGUUGUUACAAAUUCGACGGGCAGGAUUUCGUGAGAAUAUAACGGACGAUAAUUCGGGAGGCGUAGGUCAAUUAUUUUAUGGAGAAGGGGUGUGCUUGGACGAUGACGAUAUACCUACCGUGGAGGAUUUAAGGAAGUCGGGCAAGGCUUCAAUCUUAUCUCUGCUUGAGUUUGCAGAAUGGGCAUUCAGCGACGAUGGACUGCCUAAGCUCCAGGUUCUCGUAUGGGGACCGCUCACUGGCGAUACAGUCUUUAAGAAUUCACAGAUGUAUUUCUGCAGAAGUGAAGACACAUUCAAGUCACUGACUCGAGCAGAUCACUAUGCUUGGGAUAUUGUGCAGGAAAAUACGGAUAUGUUGAACUUUACAUACCCAGUUAUAUAA